AUGAUCAAAUGUGUAAAGAAAACUAUUCCCCGAGGCAAGAUUAAACGCUAUCGGGUGUUUUGGUCUAAACACCUUGAGGAACUGAAAUGUAAGAGGGACGCCCUUCGCAACACUGCUGAUCAGACUGGGAGGGACGCUCUUUGCAACACUGCUGAUCAGACUGGAAGAACGGAUGACGUACAGGACAACAAUCAGCUGUCCUAA